AAAAAAAAGAAAACUAGGGUUAUCUUCUGCUGCCCAAUCCUAUUCGGUCUUCUACGAGUUUUCAGUUACUGUCGGCUGUCGGGGUUUUCCGAAUCACUUCACAUCACUAAUAAAUGCAAUCGAAAUUGGGAGGAGGAAAUGAAGAGGAAGAAGUCAACCAUCACCACCACCAGGCUGAUCAUCAGCAGCAACAACCAAUGAUGAUGUAUCCUAUUCCUGACCCUUGGUGGAAAAACAACAACUCUUCUUUUGGUAAUGGUGGUGUCCCAAUUUGUAAUGGUUCUGAUCAGUCAAACGAUGCUCAUGAUUCAGCUUCGGAAGAAGACGAUGGCCCUUGGAAGGAGAAUUCACAAGCUGCAACUUCCUCCCCUCCAGUAGAAGGGAAUGAUCAAAUGGCUUCUAUGCAUGAUCAGCAGAUUGUACAACCACCAGAGCUUGUUGGUCACUACAUUGCAUGUGUCCCAAAUCCAUAUUAUGGAGGAAUGAUGGGAGCAUAUGGUCAUCUUCAACCAUUGGGGUUUCGUCCAUAUCUUGGAAUGCCUGGUGAUAGAACAGCUCUGCCACUUGACAUGACACAAGAACCUGUUUAUGUGAAUGCAAAACAGUACCAAGGAAUUCUAAGGCGAAGAAAAGCACGUGCCAAGGCUGAGCUAGAAAGGAAAGUGAUCAACAAAAAGCCAUAUCUUCAUGAGUCGAGACACAAGCAUGCAAUGAGAAGAGCAAGGGCUAGUGGAGGCCGGUUUGCGAAGAAAACUGAAGCAGAAGCUGCAGAGGAUGCAGCAGCAGCAGGGAGAGAAAGAGAAAGAAGUUCAGCAACCAACUCAUCAGGCUCUGAACAACCAGUUGAGACAGAUUCUUCAGGUGCGCCAUAAUCAGCCAAGUCUCUGAGAAAGAGAGAGACACGCUUUGGCUAUAUAUGUAGCCAUACUGGCAAAUCAUUCUUGGCUUUUGUGUUUGCUUAGUUGUUCUUGACAAGAGUUCCCAUAUUGUGUGGUUUGGAAGUUACCAUGUACAAAGAGAGCCCGAGUUAUCUUAGGUGCUGUUAGAUUUGGAGACGGGGGAAUGAAUAGAGGUCUUUUUUUUUUGUUCUUUUCUUCUUAUGGAAAUUUGAAAAAUGCGUUUGUUUAAUCUUUUGCUUUUCUGAGCAGAAAGUGUUACAGAGGUUGAACUUGUUUUGUUUUUUUUUUUCCUUUAUACUUGACCAAUAGAAAGAAAAUGCGCAAGAUAUCUGCGAAUGUGAAUCCUUAUCACAGUUAAGUAUAAAUGCAUAUGUUUGGAUCGCAGAUUAUCAUAAUUUCUGUU